GGCCGAAGGAGUCGAUAUCGCAAGUGGACUGUCAGCGCGCGGCCGCCAGGGAACAUGAGGGAUGACCAAAGGGCUGGGGGAAUGAUGCCAGUCUGCUAGAUGGCAGACAAGACAGCAUACAAACCCUGCACCAUAGAUUCGUUUUAUCUUAAUACAGAACCGAGCAGGAAAGACCCGUCUUGCCAAAUGGUAUAUGAAUUUUGAUGAUGAUGAGAAACAGAAACUGAUUGAAGAAGUUCAUGCUGUAGUCACAGUGCGAGAUGCAAAACACACAAAUUUUGUGGAGUUCCGCAACUUCAAGAUUGUUUACCGGAGGUAUGCAGGAUUAUAUUUCUGCAUAUGUGUUGACAUAGCAGACAACAACUUGGCAUAUCUUGAGGCAAUUCAUAACUUUGUUGAAGUUCUGAAUGAAUACUUCCACAAUGUUUGUGAACUCGAUCUUGUAUUUAACUUUUAUAAGGCUUACAGUGUUGUAGAUGAAAUGUUCCUGGCUGGUGAAAUACGAGAAACAAGCCAGACUAAGGUGUUGAAGCAGCUACUCAUGUUGAAUUCAUUAGAGUAAGGUAUACACUCUGCAGUUAUGGAAUCAUAAGAAAGACCUUUAAAGGAAAAUUUUGUUCAGAGAAGGGAAAAAACAAUAAAGUGUCUUGUUGCUUUCUAGGAUUUCUUAGCUUUUUAACACAAUGCAAGAUUAAGCUGCAAGUUCCAGUGAAUAUGUAAUUAGAUUGUACCGUAAAUAAAAUAUGUACAACUAUGUAUCAUGAAAAUGCAAAGUCAAGUGGUAAAUAAGAUAUAUAUGACUGUAUGUGUUAUCUUCAUUUAAGAUUUUUUUUUUUCAAAGUAAUCCUAUGUUAUAUGUACUUCCUGCAUGCUGAAUCCUGAUGGUACAAGAAGAGUAUUAUUUUUCUUUUGUAUACUCUAAUAUGACCAAUAAAUAUUGAGAACAUUC